UGGCGGGCGCGGCUGCCCGUCGAGCGAGCGACCUGCCAACCGGGGCGGGAGGCGGCGCGCCCGAGGGGAGCCCGAGCAGGCGGCGGCCGAGGCGGCGAUGGAGUGGAACUCGCUGCUGAUGCUGCUGGAGGCCGCCGAGUACCUGGAGCGGCGCGAGCGGGAGGCCGAGCACGGCUACGCCUCCGCGCUGCCCCCCUUCGAGCGGGCCUGCGCCCGGGGGAGGACCGCCGCCAGGAAGGCCCCCGGCAGCCGGUCCUCACAUAAUGAAUUAGAAAAACAUAGGCGAGCGAAACUACGGCUCUAUUUAGAAGAGUUAAAACAGCUGGUCCCUUUAGGAGCCGAGAGCACGAGGCACACCACCCUCAGCCUGCUGAAAAGAGCCAAGGUACACAUCAAGAAAUUGGAAGAACAGGAUCGGAAAGCUCUGAACAUUAAAGAACAACUGCAGCGAGAACAUCGGUACCUCAAGCGUAGAUUGGAACAGCUCUCCGUGCAGGGCCUGGAGCGAGUCCGCACAGACAGCCUCGGAUCGACGAUAUCGACGGAUUCGGAGCAAGAGGUGGACAUUGAAGGACUGGGCUUCACCCCGGCCGAGAUGGACAGCAGCGGGAGCGGCAGCGACGCAGAAGACAGCUUGCAAGGCAGCUCGAGCGACAGCGGCUACGCCCGGCCCCACAGACGCCACGCCCGGCUCCUGUAGCCUCCGCCCCAGCGGCCGGCGCCCGGAUCUCCCGCCGGAAGCCCUCCCCCCCCCAGAGGUGCCAUCGACCGCCGCUCUUCAGAAAGCGCCCCUGGGGAGGAAGCCUCUGCCUGGGGUUCCCUAGCCUGUCGAUAAUACCACCGUAGAAAUCCGGGUUUGGGGAUGUUGUAGAUAAAAAGUUUGGGUUAAAAGAAGUUCCUUCGCCUGCCCCUAAUGCAAGCGGUCACUCAUAGAGUGGCUCGGUCGAUCUCUCCCAGAAGUUUAGCCCUUCCGCUUUUGAAUAAAUUACUUGGACCCAUUUUGAUAAAUUGUUCUAGGUAUUAAAAUACGAAGGGACGCUGCCUGGAAACUUUCAUGUAAAGUUUAAGAACGUGGCUUGGCAAGCGAGUGGGCACCAGACCUUUAUCCCCGCACACCUCAGCCGACGUCACUAACCCAAACUGCAAAAAUUCCCUUUUGUGCGCAUUGUCCCACUCGCAGCUGCUUUGGAUUUUUCGAAAAGGAAAAGAUGAAGCCGUCAAAGCAGGCUGCCAUUUUUAAGAGUAGUUUUGCAAAGACUGCCACGGUUGACUCAUUUUGGUCGUUUUGAGACGGCGUAUCCGCCACUGAUCCCUAAGGAGGAGGAGGAGGGUGUGUGGCUGUUCUCUAGAAGAAGUUGGAGCAGGUGACCUGCAACAACACACCAGCUCCCCCUGUUGCGUAGCAGCUCCUUCCGGCUAUUCUCGCAGCGUCCUCCUGGCGGCUCCGAUAGGGAAAAGGGCUGGGCAGGAUGGAUUCCUGGUACCCCAAAGAGCCCGGGGCUGUCUCUCCUUGCAGGUUUUUAGCGAUAGCUGCACCGCAAAGUCUCCAGCACAUCUUCCAGCAACAGCUGCCCAUCCACCGCCUCCUCCUCUUCCCCCUCCUCUAGAUGUCCAGACGGGGUCCCCACUUUCUCAGAACCGUUCAUGGAUCGGACGGGCUGACUUGUCUGCCAGGAAAGCAGGGAAAUCCCAAGAAGUUUCAGGGCAAGGAAGGAGCCAGAUAGGCAGAGGGGGGGGGGCUUUGCUUGCAUUUGACCAAGGACCCUGGGGUCCCACGGCUUCCCUCCCCUUGCAGGCAGAAAGCUCCCGUACCGAGGAAGGCUUGGUGGGAGCUCUUGGCUUCAUGGACCGGGUGACAGGCAGCCCUCGGCUUAUCGCCGUGAUGUGACCAGCCUCUUUUGUGAACAGCUGCCAUAAUCCUUAAAAGCAGUUGUUAAAUGAACCAGUCAGUAGCUAUGGGCACAGUGUCCCCCCCCCCUCAAAAGAAAGCAAGUAAGUGCUACUUUUUGACAAAGCAGUCUUAAAAUAGAGGUUAUUCACCAAGGGAUGCUGCAAACAGACAUAAAUGCACUGGUGUUGCUGGGCACCCAAAAUUUGGUCAUGUGACUGCAAGGGGGGGGGCCCACAGAUUGGAAAUUAAAAUCUGGAUCUUAAGUAGCCUCUAGAUGGGUCCAUCGUAACUGAACUGUGACUGCUCUUUAAGUAGAUUAUACAUUAAAUAUUUCAGUAUUUUUAUUGGAGGAUUUUGAAUCGCAUGACCCCGGGUGGGAUAAUUGAAGCAGCGUUGUUUGCUCAAUUUUGUGUUGUUUCUCUUAUGUGGAGUUGCCAAUAAACUUAAAGGAAAGUUUAGCUUUAAAUUUCAGUAUUGAUACUGUGAUUUAUAUGCUAUACUGGCAGUUUUCAAAAUAACAAAACGCUCUUAAGAUUGCCUCAUUCGUUUAGCAUUCAUCCAGCUUUUUAGAAUGUAGUUACUCCUCUUGUAGCAAUAUUGCAAAGUUGUAAUUGAAAGCAGUUUAAGCUUAGUGAAGUAAUUAGUCUGGCUUACUGAUAAUUAAAAAUGGACCAAUUUUUGCAUUUGAAAAAGGUCUUUUUUUAAAAAAAAAGUGAUAAAAAGCUAUAUACUCUCUAGCAACUGGUUUAUUUCCUAUAGGUAUAUUUCCUAUAAAAUAGUCUGUAUUGUAUUUUCCUAAUUCUUCUGAACUACUUAACUAGAGAAAGGAGAUAUUGAGCCCAACCAGAGUCUCAGGGACUCUUCAUGCUUAUCAUAUAGUGCCUUGUUAACAAUUUCCUUCCUUCUUUCCUUCCUCCCUCCCUCCCUCCAAGUCAGAAUUCUUGGCGGUGUCAUUUUGCCUCAGAUGAAAUAGCUUAUUUUACCUUUCCGCAGAUGGGAAAAAAAGCCCCCAUUCCCAUAAUUCCCCAUCCCUCCCCCCUGUUAAUGGAAUGCGUAAUGCUUGUGCCUCUUGGAGAAGGGGGGGGGGGCACAAGAAACUCCGUGCUCCCUGCUCCAGAAAUUGGUAUCCUUCCACACAAGAGUUCAGUCAAUCAUGGCGGUUUAAAUGGAUGGAUGGAUGGAUCCAGUUUGGAUGCGCCCCGGUGGCCCCAGAGGGAAAAGGCCGGGGCCAGCUGAGGAGCUUGACUCCUGGGCGGGGCCUGCUCUUGAACCCGGGGCAGGUUGCAGGAUCAAUUCAGUGCCUUUGGCUAUUAAAAUCCAAAACUACAAUUAUGUGCUUUUCCGCAUUGAACGUUUUUAAUCUUAAACAAAAGUACAGCCUGCUAGAAUGGAUGGAAUUAACAUGGUUGGUUUCUUUAUGUUUUUCCCUUCGGUGCUACAAUACAGAAAAUUAGGAAUUCAGUUCUGGCAGCUCACGACGACUCUUGGUUUGCUUCUGAGUAGCCUCUGAGUCGUCCUCAAGAAUAUAAUGGAUUAAAUUACCUUUUGUAGCCAUCCCUCCUUUAUCCGGGAGGAGAGCUGUAAGGCUAUUUCUGGCAGCUGCAUUUAAGAUUAAUAAAAUCUGUUACGUUACUUUGCUAUUUUUUAGCAUUAUGAGUAUGCUAAACUCAUUGUAUAUUUCUAAAGUCCCCAUGGGGAAGGGUAUACAGCAAUAUAAGGAUUGUGUGUGGCUGAUUAAAAAAAAACAGCAUUAGUUACUAAUUCCUUUUGAUUAUUUUUGUUCCAAUUUCCAAAUCAGUGGUUUUUCUUCUAGAGGCUUUAAUAACCAUUAAUAGGGGAAAUUGCUAGUAAUGUUAGUUUCCUAUUACAAUAUAAUGAAUUUACUCAUGGCUUUUAGAAUGUUUGUUUCAUGAAAAGCAAUUCUUGCACAGAACUUUCCUACCGGAAAAAAAAUAUGGGAGAAUGGAAAAGAGACUUUGUGAAAAACAUCAUUGACUUUCUGCCAUUCUGAUGUUUUUAAAAACGUUUAAUGAACUCUUCCAUCCUGGGUAUCAGUGGCUUUGUAAAUCUUUUAUAUUUUCAAUAAAGAUUAUUCAAUAUUCUGAGCUGCAAA